UCGGAGGUCCGCCUCCCUACACGUGGGGAACUCCGUCUGCUCUUUCACAGCCAGUGGGCUUGGCUCUACGAUGGUGCCUGACCGAGGACCCACAGCUCUGACAGUGGCAGCGUUUCGCGUUCAACUUAUUUUUGUGACUUCGCUUGGUUUGCUAGUCACCCAUGUGUCAGUUGUCGCAGCUGGUCAUUGCUCGUUUGAGGGUGGGAUAUGUCCCGAUUGGGUAUCGACCAACUGCAGCAAACAGGCCUGCUUUGAGGCACGAAAGGUUGCUGACAUGAGGCACGGGCCUACUCAAGACCACACACACGGGACAGGGGAUGGCUGGUGCGCUUACGCGACGACAGAGCAACCAGGAAGCGGGCUUUCUGUUGCCCAACUCUCGAGUCAGGUGGAAGGACCUUUUUGCUUCACUGGCUGGUACCACCAGUCCGGAACGGAGGAUGGCCCGGUCAAGUUCUAUGCGGGCCGUCCUCCUGGCAUGAGCAAGUUGUUCUACGCAACUCAGCGAGACAUGGCUGGCCGGUGGCAGCGGGUGCGGUACUCUGAGAAGCGUGCUGGAAAAUUUGAGAUAAUGAUUCGCCUGCACGUCGAACGUUUCCCCGAGAGAGGCGUCUUCGCGUUGGACGACCUAACCGUGCAAAGCGGAGAAUGUGCUCCUGAGCCACCGAGCGGUUCCUGCGACUUCGACUGGGAUGAAACGUGCGGAUAUAACCUGGGAAAGGGCAAAAAAAUAUGGCAGUAUGCAGGCGUGCAUCGACAGCCCUUCCACCGGGCAGACUAUUCAACAAACACACAUAGCGGUGGCUUGGUAUAUUUGCACGCGAAGAGUAACUACACAAGCGCUGAGCUGACGUCACCCAACACUUCCUGGCCGCAAGGGUCCACAAUGCCUUCAGUUCUACUAUUACAUUGAUCCUAACAGUCCACAACAACAGUACCUCCUACGUGUUGACGUGGAAGGCAGAUUUCCAGAUGUCUGGAAGAGGUCUUCGCCGCAACUAAUAACAGGAUCUUGGACCGCGGCAGACAUGGCGUUUCAGGGGGAACAAAACUUUAAGAUCAAGUUCAGAUGCAGCAUAACAGGAGACGAUUACCGCCACUCCCUCUGUGCCAUCGACGCUAUUCAGCUUCGAAGCUGCAAUAGUAACAGAGUAGCAACAAAAGAAGGACGGUUCGGUUAUCAUCGGAUUGGAGCCAUGAAGGAGAACUUUUGCGACUUUGAAAAUGGCUGGUGCACUUGGAGCAACCGCGUGGCUUAUCUCGACAAUUCACCUUGGAUACUCGGCGGCGGGACAACGAAGACAACACUGCCACGACCACUCCAAGACCACACCUUCGGAAACGCCACAGGAUCCUAUUUGUUCUUUAGCAACUUCGAGCAGAACCAAGGAAAUAAGGCGCAACUCAUCGGCGAGAUCCUCACCUGGAGCUUGAAGAUGACGCAAUGCGUAGACUUUUGGUACAUCAUCUCUGAAGAUCCGGAGAUGAACAUUCAGGUGCAAGCUAUUGACAAGUCUGACAAUUCAAAAAACGGCGUUCCUCUGUGGGCACAGAAAGGCGGAAGGUCUUUGACAUGGCAGCAAGGUCGCAUCGCAGUGCCUCAUAAGAGCCGGGUCAUCUUUGUGGGUACCGCCGGCGCUGCCUCGAGGCCAGGCUACAUCGCACUCGACGAUAUUUCUAUCGUGCACCGUGACCGCUGUGAAACCCUACCUCAAGACGGCGAAGCCUUGCCUGCAACGGACCUGCUGAGCUGUUCUUUGGCACAAUGGGACUUCUGUCAUUGGUCCUCCACAGUGGUCCUGCAGACAACAUGGUCUUUCGGGCCGCGCCCUUCCUCUAGCCUGGCGCCUGUUUCACUUCCGGAAAAUUCCAAAGGCAACAUAGCAUACCUGCAAGGAACAAGCCUGAACAGAGACCACGUGUUGGUGCAGCUUUACUCGCCUAUGGUGGGACCCCAGUCGGAAGUGGCCUGUUUCUCGUUCUGGUACCACAUGUUCGGCGCACGGGGUGUCGACAUGAUAUUGAUGGUCGUCAAGUCGCCACCCUGGAGUGGUAUGCGCACUUCUUCGCCGCUGUUUUUCCAGCGGGGCCGCACCACAGCUGACAUUUGGUACAACGUGCGCAAGACGGUGAGGCUCGACAGCCCCCACAACAAGCUCGUCUUUGACGUAGCGAGGGAACACUCAAGUAACAAGGACGUGACGCUGGCUAUGGGACCUCUGAAAUUUACCCCCGGAAAAUGCGACAUACUUACGGACGGGCGAGGUUAUUGCGACUUCGAGUUCGACACUUGUGACUGGGUGGUUGACAACGGAUGGCAGCGACAACAAAAAACACAACCAUAUUUUUACUUUUACGUCAUUUCGGGACCUGCCAACUCCGUCUUUAUGCUGACGGCCACGCUGAGCAAGGCGUCUGGCUCCGUUGUCACCAGUCCAGAAUGGCCUGGCCAGAAGCAGCCUCAGUGUCUCGAGUUUUGGUAUUUGUCGACCGCAAAGAACGCCGCUCGCUUGCAGGUGGAAGUUAUGGUGAACGGAAAGAGUGAAGUUGUGUGGCAGCAGCCCCCCUUCGCUGAAAAUGAGUGGAUGCUAGCGCGGACACAAAUCCUACAGAAGGAGAAAUUCAAGGUGGUAUUCCGCGCAAAGUUCUUGGACAUCCGAGCAGCACCGAUCAGCUUGGACGACAUCGUUCUGCGGCCAGAGCCAUGCGUCCAUCCCAUCCAAUGCGACUUCCUCGAUGGCCUCUGCGGUUAUGCCAACAAAUUCCAAGGAGACUUUCGCUGGCUAGUAGGAACGGGCCGGUAUGAGACUCCUCAAAUGCAGCCAGCAGUUCCACGAGAAACAGGUUCGCCUGCAUUCGCGUACCUGGACCUGACCACGGGCAUAUUGGACGUCCCAAGGUGGUUCAAAUACGGUGAAUCAGACCCAGCCGAGGCUGUCGGGCUUGUCAGCCCUCUCUUCGACGCCCCUGACGACGAAACCCAGGUGUCCAUCCAGUACUACAGAAAUGGGCCGGAUAUAACAGCGGCCAAUCUCUCCGUCUCCUGCUAUGGAAGCGUCUCCGACCCGGUGAACACCACGGCCCAGUCCUAUCUCGAACUGGUCCAAGUGUCCGAAUGGACCACUCUCAGCGCGACGCUGAAGGCAGGCACCCACUGCCAACUGUCAGUGUGGGUGACUCGCGGUGACGGUACCAAUGGUACUAUGGCGAUUGCAUCUGUGCGAGUCACGCGCUCACAGCCAGCUGCUGUGCCAAAAGGGGACUCUGAUACUCCCACUCGGUGCACAUUCGAAGAUGGAACUAUGUGUGGCUGGAGGCCCGGGAACUUCUCGCUCAAAUGGGCUCUAAAUGAUCCCACUAAGAAGAGUCCAGACUUUCCGCGGUUUGACCACACCCUCAAGGCUUAUAGAGGACACUUUGCAUUUGCCAUACACAACACGGAAGAUGAGCCGCAGCAUGCGAUUCUCAUCAGUCCUGAUUUGGAUGUUAACGCAACCGGUGGAGCUUGCCUCAGCUUCUGGGUGUUUGUAGUCCACGCAAAACACGUAAAUCUCAACGUACGGCUUGGAGCCGAUCAGCUGUCUGGAGCAAUCAUUCGCUCGAACCACAGAUGGGACCACGUAAUCGUCGACUUCAAGAGGCCCGAGGGUAAAUUCAAGCUGAUGAUAUCAUUUUACAUGGAGCCCGGCCUAGUUGCUGUCGAUGAUAUACAAAUAGAUUCUGGACCAUGCCCGCCAAGAGAUUUUUGCUCCUGGGAAGUGGGAUCUCUGUGCCUGUUAAUCCCUGGUCCCCACAGCUUCAACGCCUGGCAAAUUCGGCGCGCUUCGGAUAUUCGUCUUGCAGACCAUACCACAGAGAAUUUGACAGGUCGAUACUUGUACCUAAACACAACUGCCGUGGACUCGCACCACCCUGUGUCACGAGUGUUCAUGCAGAGACGUCCACCCACCGAGGCCACUUGCGUCACUUUCUGGUGGAGCGGCCGCGGCACCCCUGGCCGACUGAACGUGUACAGAUUCACGACGGAGACAGCACUGAGAGAUCCGCUGGUUUCGGUGUACUCACAUCGGCAAGACGGCCAGUGGCUAGCACGCACCGUGACCGUCACCUCAACCAGAGAAUGGAAUCUUGUCUUUGAAGGUGUGGCCGUGGCGGCAACAAAAACAGAGUCCGGGAUUAUGGUUGACGACGUUGAGUUCACUGACGGGCAAUGUCCACAGUACGAAUCAUGCUCAUUCGAAGAUGAAUGCCUGCCAUGGACGAUUCCGAAAAGCGAGGUUGCGUUUCAAGUGGAGCGAGCAGGAUCAUUCGACAAGCUGCCCCGAGACCACACGAUGCAAACCGAAGAGGGUCACUACCUUCUCUUCAAGAACACGGGCGUCAAGGGGAACAGGACAUCCUUAAUAUUGAGGGAAGCCCAUGCGCUAUCAAUGCAUCUCCUUCUGGUACUACCUACCAGAUCUCUCCGAUGGCGUUGUGCUGUACGUGCAAGAUCGACCAAUCUUGAAGGGAAAUGGUGUGUGGAAGAGAUACCAAGUGGAGCACCAAACAUUCUGGGAGGAUCCUAUUGUCGCAGUUUCUGGACUCAAUCCGGAAGGUUUUAUUGCGAUCGACGACAUGUUUAUCAGCAAGUUGGCCUGCGAUGAGACGACGUCAUCAACAGAGAGGUUUGACUGCGGCAACCAGACCAUAACCAUUGAGCGGGUGUGCGACUUUGUGGUCGACUGCAAUAACGGCGCCGACGAGAGAGAUUGCGGCGAGUGUGAUUUCAGCGAAAGCUUGUGUGGUU